AUGUCUCGACAACCAACAUUCACAAGCAUAAUUCACUUACGGGAUUUCGUCGACGCCAUUACAGAUGACCCGACCCGAGAAAAUGCUCCAAACUACGUCGAAAUCCAAACAGAUCUCAACAUCUUCGAGGAAGACGGUUUCCAUGAUCCUAAUAUCGCCACCGACCCCAUUCGCACCCGCAUCCAUACUUAUCUGACGCAAGAACAACGAGAACUCUACGUUCCUGGCGCUUUCUUCUACGCCGACGGCCGCUUCUUCACGGCACUGUCAAUGAACGGCACUCUGGAGAUUAGCACGCAGACGCUGAGCUUGAUGAGGCAGUGCCCGAUGGUGACCGUUAUCAGCUUCGUGCCUCCCUAUACCGACAACUCGCUUGACCCUUCUGAGCCCCGUCACUUCACCAUUAAAACAUCUGUCUACAACGCAUCGAAGGCAGCCCUAGCUCACCUCUCCACACCAGCAUCGGGAGCUCUCCUCAGCGUCACUGCUAAGAUCGCCGGCCGCACGAGGGACACCAACCUCCUGGCCCUCCAAGUCCUCGACCUCGCUUACUUACCAAGACCUGCGUCCGCUCCAACGCCCACCCCGACCGAUACUCCACCUUCGAAGCGAUCCGACCGCUGGCGUGGCCGGGUCCCAUCUACAUCUACUCCUUCGAAGAGGCCACGCAUAUCGGGCCCUGCCAACGAAGCUGCAAACCCGUCUGAUAGGAAUACAACUCUUCCAGACGCCUUGUCAAGCGCGCUUAUUUUCCCGCACUCAGAGCUUACUACAGAGCCCAUAUCCGCCCCAACUUCUCCGUCCACCACUGCUAACCCCAAAGAAUCCUCCCCAACCCCGGGCCUGCCCCUCGUAUCCGACGGCGGAGCUCGUCCACGUCGCAAUCGUCAUCCCCCCAAGAAGUAG